GUCCCCAGCGCCCGCUCCGGCGGUGCCCGCGGCGUCCCCAGCGCCCGCUCCGGGGUUUCAGGGCGGUCAGCAGCACCCAGGGGCUGAUGGCUUCUGGCAACAACCUCUUCUUGCACCCUGGUGGUUCAUAACCUUGGGAGUUUCCUGGGUGAGAUCUGAAAUUGGCCCCUGGACAUGGGGGGCAAGGACAGACUGAAGAAAGAGGCAGGGCCUCCAGAUCGAUGUUCCAGCAAAAUCCUCAGGGUGUCCUGCAGCAGAGGCCAGCUGUUGAGUCAGGAGAACACUGGGUACCAGGAAAAUUGGGCUCAAAUCCUCAUCUGCCUCUUUCUAAUUGAAAGACAUCAGGCAAGAUGGCGGAGUAGGAGACCUGGAUUUCGUCUCCUCUCAGGAAUUCAGCUGGAUAGGGAUCAAACCAUUCUGAACACCUACAAACUCAAAAGGAGAUCGAAGAAAAGAAUAGCAACAACUCUCUGAACAGAAAAGCGACCACUUUCUGGAAGGAGGAGCGGCGCGGGAGCACACCGCAGGGAUCUGCUGGGUUUGGAGACUCCACCCGGGGUCGGGUGCCAGAGAUAGAAAUGCUUGGUCACAGGGCGGGUGAGCAUGGAGUGCGGCUGGAGACCGGGGAGAUGGGAGGGACUGAUGGCUUUUCUCUGGGGGCUCACGGAGGAGCAGGCCCUGAGUUCUUGGCUCCUCCGAGGCGGAGAUUGGGAGGCCGCCAUUUUCACUCUCCUCCCCCAAAGCUGUACGGAAAACUUGCAGGGAACAAAAGCUAAGAGAGCAAACCCGAGCAGAUUACUUAGCCGGGAGGGGGCAAGGGCGGGGCAAUUCCACCUCUGGCAAAGACAUUUGGAAAGCACGGCAACAGGCCCCUCCCCAGAAGAUCAGCGAGAACAGCCAGCCAAGACCAAGUUUACCGAUCAAUGAGAACGGCAGAACUCCAGCGCUAGGGGAAUACUGCACAUAGAAUCCAUCGCUUUUUUCCCAUGAUUCUUUAGUCUUUCAAAGUUAAUUAAAAAAAAUUUUUUUUUUGAAUUUUUCUUUUUCCCUUUUUCAACCAACAUCUUAUCAAUCCCUUUUUUAAAAAACAUUUUUAUUUUUCAUUUUUAGAGUCAUAUUCUAUCCCUUCAUAGUAGUUACCCGUAUUUUUGGCACAUAUAUAUAAGUUGUUCUCUCUUUGAAAUCUUGAGAUAGUUUCUUCUAACAGAUCAAAAUAUACCCUAAAUCUCUAGUGUAUGUUUUUUUCUACUCCCCUGCCUCAUCACAUUCUCUCCCUUAUUUUUUCUUUUUUUUUAAAUCCUCUUCUUUCUUUUUUCAAACAACUUCUUAUCAAUUCCUUUUAUAAAAUUUUUUUAUACUUUUCAUCUUUACAGUCAUAUUCCAUCCCUUAAUCAUAUAAACCCUUAUUUUUGUACAUACAUAAGUUUUACUUUCUUUAAAAUUUUGGGAGGCACUUUCUUCUAACAGACCAAAAUACACCCCAAAUCUAGUGUGUGGCACUGAUCUAUAUACCAGCCUGAUCAUAUUUGAUCACAUUCUGUUUUUUUUUUUUCAUUUUGUUCUGUUUUGCUUUGUUUUUAUCUUUAUCUUUAUCUUUUUCUCUCUUUUUUUUCUUUUUCUAUUUUCUCUCUUUCCCUUUCUUUUCCCACAGCUUCAUGUCUUUUCUGAUUUCUUUAGAGUAUAUUUUCUGGGGACAUUGUUACCCUGUUAGCAUUUUGUUCUCUCAUUCAUCUAUUCUCCUCUGGACAAAAUGACAAGAUGGAAAAAAUCACCUCAACAAAAAGAACAAGAGGUAGUACGAACUGCCAGGGACCUACUCAAUAUGGACAUUAGUAUGAUAUCGGAUCUAGAGUUCAGAAUCAUCACUUUAAAGAUAAUAGCUGGGCUUGAAAAAAGCAUGGAAGUUAUUAGAGAAACCCUUUCUGGAGAAAUACAAGAACUAAAAUCUAACCAAGUCAAAUCAAAAAGGCUAUUAAUGAGGUGCAAUAAAAAAUGGGGGCUCUAAGUGCUAGGAUAAAUGAGGCCGAAGAGAGAAUCAGUGAGAUAGAAGACCAAAUGAUGGAAAAUAAAGAAGCUGAGAUAAAGAGAGAUAAACAACUACUGGAUCAUGAGGGCAGAAUUCGAGAGAUAAGCGAUACCAUAAAAAGAAACAACAUUAGAAUAAUUGGGAUCCCAGGAGAAGGAGAGAGAGGGGCAGAAGGUAUAAUGGAGCAAAUUAUAGCAGAGAACUUCCCUACUUUGGGGAAGGAAACAGGCAUCAAAAUCCAGGAAGCACAGAGAACCCCUCUCAAAAUCAAUAAAAAUAGGUCAACACCCUGACAUCUAAUAGUAAAAUUUACGAGUCUCAUAGAUAAAGAGAAAAUCCUGAAAGCAGCUCGGGAGAAGAGAUAUGUAACCUACAAUGGUAGAAACAUUAGAUUGGCAACAGACCUAUCCACAGAGACCUGGCAGGCCAGAAAGGACUGGCAGGAUAUAUUCAGAGCACUAAACGAGAAAACUAUGCAGCCAAGAAUACUAUAUCCAGCUCGGCUGUCAUUGAAAAUAGAAGGAGAGAUAAAAAGCUUCCAGGACAAACAAAAACUAAAGGAAUUUGAAAACACAAAACCAGCCCUACAGGAAAUCUUGAAAGGGGUCCUCUAAGCAAAGAAAGAGCCUAAAAGCAACAUAGAUCAGAGAGGAAAACAGACAGUAUACAGUAAAAGUCACCUUACAGGCAAUACAAUGGCACUAAAUUCCUAUCUUUCAAUAGUUACCCUGAAUGUAAAUGGGCUAAAGGCCCCAAUCAAAAGACACAGGCUAUCAGACUGGAUUAAAAAACAAUACCCAUCGAUAUGCUGUCUGCAAGAGACUCAUUUUAGACCAAAGACACCCCCAGAUGGAAAGGGAGGGGGUGGAAAACCAUUUACCAUGGUAAUGGACACCAAAAAAAAAGCUGGGGGGGCAAUCCUUAUAGCAGACAAAUUAGA